AUGCAACAUGAAAGAUGCGAGAACCUGGCAUGUCGGGACAGGCGGCUGUCGAGCUCAUUGCAUGCUCUCCGACAAGAACUCCAGCAGGGCAAACUUGGAACCCACGGCUUCGUGAAGCUCUCUAGCUGCGACCGCCCGAACGUCUUCGCUGAAACGACCUUCGAUGACUUCCCGCUUGAUGAGCGGCUUCGGAAAGGAUUAGAGGCGGCCGUCGGGAAGUCGUACGUCACGCCAGUGCAGCACGAGGUUCUGUCCCGGCACCUGAAGGCGGACCAGGAACAAAGUGCCCGGCAAGCCGACCUCCUGCUGCAGGCUCCGACUGGCACGGGGAAGACCAUCGCCUUCCUCCUGCCAGCAUUGCAGCGACUCCUCCUUUUAGAGGACGCUAGACGAGCUGGAAAAGCGGCGCCGGAGGGCGUUCGGAUGCUGGUGCUGGCACCGACCAGGGAGCUCGUGCUGCAGUCGGCCAAGGUCGCGAGCCGGCUCUUGCAGUUCAGCGGCGGCCAGCUUCGGAGCUCCUUCGUGGCCGGCAGCUUUUCCCUCGAGGAGGACAUCGAGCGCCUCAUGGAAGACACGCCGCAGCUUCUCUUCGCAACUCCUUGGCGUUUGGCACGUCAUCUACAAACGACGCCGCACUUUGUGAGUGCGCUGCAGUCAGUGGACCUGCUGGUCCUAGAUGAAGCAGAUCGUCUGCUAGACCCAUCUUUUGUUUACAAGGUGGACUAUCUCAUCCGGUGCCUUCCAACUCCAAGGCCCCGAAUGGUUCUUUGCUCAGCCACGUUCAGCGAGCCCCUGCGCAAGUUCGCCAUUCGAUCACUCCGCGCGAACCUGGAAGUGAUCCGCCUCGGCUCGAAGGAGCGUGCCCCUCUUGGACAGGAAAACACCGAAGUUGCCGAAGUCGCCGCGCCUGUACAGCAGGUACUCGUCCGGUAUAAGGCGGAGGAGUUUCUGACCACUCUCCAUGCCACACUGGAGCGAGAGAUGGGUCAGGAAGGGGAAAUGCGCCGGGUGCUGGUGGUCUUUCCCACAGUGCGCUGGCUCCAGUUUUUCUACGUCCUGCUAAAGCACCGGGCCCACAUGUCCGGACUUUUCGCCUUGCAUCGAAGCCUCUCCGAUGAUCGGCGCCGGGCACGAGCCCUCCGUUUCUCCAAGGGGGCUCCGGCGAGCCGGGGUGCGUUGUUCGCCACGGACCUGGCCUCUCGGGGCAUGGACUUCGAUGUGCACUCCGUGAUCCAGGUCGGCCCUCCCAGCGACCGCGAGCAGUACGUCCACCGAGCCGGCCGAACAGGACGCCUUGCAUCGCAAGGGCGAUCUGUGCUUCUGCUUAGCCCCGUGGAGCUAAUGGUGCUGAAGGAACUGGGAACCUUCGAGGAGGAGCAGGUGCAGGCCUCCGCCUCUUCUCAAGUGCUGAGCAGCAUGCAUGGUUGGUGGGAGGAUGCCAGCUUGUCGGCCUCCGGCCACCUUUUCUUCGCUAGCGCGAUUGCAUUCUACUUGAAUGAAAGCCAUCGUCUGCGUGCCAGGGCAGUGGAUGUGGUGCAGACGGUGGCUGCUUUGCUCCAGUCAACGGGGUUGCCAAAGGACUAUGGUCUACCUGCUAUCCCUCGUGGCCUUGCCGCGAGACUGCGCGAAAAGGACGAGCUCGUGGCUGUUCGUACUGAGACGGUGCGCGAGCGGUGGGACGUUUUAUCGGCCCUUGGUCCAGGGACAAUGAGAAAAAAUGCAACCAAUGCAACAGAGAAAGCUGGGACAGCUGAGAGCGAGAUCGAAGCUGAGCUGGAGAAUGAGUAG